AGUAGAGUCAACGCGAAUCUUUUUCGUGAAAACGGAAUCCGGAAAGUGUUGCCAAAGAGUAAUACAGCCGUUCCGAAAUGACUGAGAAAGUGACCUUUACAAUCAACGGAGAGCAACAUGAAGUCGGGGCGGACGUCUCGGCCGACACCAGCUUGUCCACUUACCUCCACGCGCAGCACCUGAGGGGGACGCGCGUCACCUGCGGGACCGGGGGCUGCGGCGCCUGCAUGGUGCUGGUGACGAGGCUGGAACCCGACGCAGGGGAGAAGAUGUCUUACUCGGCUCUCGGCUGCCUGAUCCCCGUGCUUGGCUGCGGCGGCUGGGAAAUCACCACAAUAGAGGGUCUUGGGAACCGAUUCGAAGGCUAUCACGUUAUCCAAGACCGCCUUGUGGAGCACUACGGUACCCAGUGUGGCUACUGCUCUCCUGGAAUGGUUAUGAGCAUGUAUGGGAUGACUCAGGAGAAAUCCAGCUGGACGGACGCCGACGUCGAGGGAAUCCUGGACGCCAACCUCUGCCGCUGCACAGGAUACCGACCCAUCGUGGACGCCUUCAAGGCCGUCACUGUUCAGGAUAUCGAGGACGCCCACACACUCAGCUGUCCCCGAACAGGUCAGCCUUGUAAGGGUCGGUGCUCCCUGAAAUCAGCUGACACCAAGACAAGCAGCUGCUCGAAGCAAAGUGAGAAGCCGGAGUCUCGGCUCCUCCAGCUGAGAGAUGCGACCUGGCAUCAACCAGCUUCCCUUCAGGAACUUUACGACAUCCUAAGUGGCUUGCCGCAGGGAGCCAAGUACCGGUUUGUAUGCAGUGACACAGCAAAAGGCAUCUAUCACAACGAGGGGCCCUACAGCACCUACAUCUCCACCACCAGCAUCCCCGAGUUAUCCCGCGUGGCAGCAUCUCCGUCUGGCUUGGUCUUCGGCGCCAAUGUCUCCAUCAGCCGCUUGAUGUCCGAAUUCUCCACCGCCUCGCAGAGUCUGUCCGGCUUCGGCUUUGCGGAGAAGAUCGUCAAGAUGUGGAAGAGAGUGGGUGGGACUGCUCUGAGGAACAUGGGCAGCUGGGCGGGCAACUUUGCAAUCAAAAUAGCGCACAGAGACUUUCCCUCUGAUGUCUUCCUGAGCCUCAUGGCGGCGGGGGCGGUAGUGAAGUCAGGCAGCCCUUACGGCGGAGACAAGGAGCACACCCUCGAUCACCUUCUGGACCUGGACUUCGAGUCGGAGAGGAGGGUGAUGCUGGAGCUGAGGGUGCCGCCGCUGAGCGAUGAGGUGUCUUACAGAGUCUUCAAAAUCGCUCCUCGCAACGCCAACGUCCACGCCUACAUGAACGCCGCCUUCAGCAUGCGGGUGGACAGCGCCAACGCCCACACGGUGAUCGGGCGGCCCUUGAUCCUGUUCGGAGGCAUCAAUGAAGACUUUCUGCAUGCCUGGGGCGCUGAAGCUGCUCUUGAGGACAACAGCUUAGAAGACGAAUCGAUAGUGCAGGCAGCUCUGAAAGCCCUUCGCGAUGAGAUCCAUCCAGACGACCUUCCAGAGAACCCCUCGGCGAAGUACAGGGUUGACGUUGCCCAGAGCCUGCUGUACAAGACAAUCCUCGGCAUCGUGGGAGACAUCGCCGACGCAAGUGUUGCCAGCGGAGCCUCAGACCUCGAGAGACCUCUGGCGACCGGACAGCAAAACUACGACGAAAACGCAGACCGUUGGCCCCUCUCGAAGCCCGUCACCAAAGUCGAGGGCCACAUCCAAUGCAGCGGCGAGGCUGAUUACGUAGCUGACUUGCCCCCGAUGUGCGAGGAGCUGAGCGGCUGCUUCGUCACCAGCACGCAAGCCAAUGCCAGGAUCGUCAGCAUUGACACAUCGGCAGCUCUGAUUCUUAUCUCUGACUCCCCCGCACAGCUCUUCGCCGAGGAGAGAAGCUCGUACUUCGGCCAACCUCUGGGCCUGAUCGUCGCCAAGACCGCCGAACUCAGCAAGCAAGGGGCCGCUGCCGUCGUGGUUACGUACGACGACAUCCAGGCCCCCGUGCUGACGAUCAAGGAAGCUCAGCAGCAGCCUCUUCCCUCCCCGCAAGGCGACCCGUUCGUGGAGGGCGAUGUGGAGGCCGGUUUCGCUGCUUCGACUCACGUGCUGGAGGGCGGUGUGGGUCACGAUUGGCAGUAUCACUUCUACAUGGAGAACCAGGCCACGCUAGCGAUCCCAACGGACGACGGACUCGAUGUGUUCAGUUCCUCCCAGUGGGCCAUCGAAACGCAGCGCUCCAUCGGCCAGGUGCUGGGGGUCCCUGACAACACCGUGAACGUGAGCGUGAAGCGGAUUGGCGGCGGCUUCGGCGGGAAAAUCACCCGCGGAAACAUCAUCGCAGCGGCCACGUGUCUCGCCGCCAGGAAAAUGCGCAAGCCUGUGAGAACCGUGCUGGAUAUGGCCACCUGCAUGACCAUGCUCGGAGGGCGUGACCCCUUCUGGAGCACGUACAAGGUCGGCGUCGAUGCUGAGGGAAGGCUACAGGCUGUCCAGGCUACGAUGACGAGCGAUGCAGGCUACGUGAACGUGGACCCUAACAACACCGCCUCCCCCCCUGCUGUACCGUCCUGCUACGUCUGUCCGAACUGGGAGAUAACACCGGUCACAGUGCUCACUAACACACCCAAUAACACCUGGACGCGGACGCCUGGAACUACCGAGGGCGUUACACUCAUGGAGACGAUCAUAGAGCACGUGGCCGUCGCUCUAAAUCUGGACCCCCUCCUCGUACGCCAGAGGAACCUCAUGCCGGAUGGGUCAUUCAGACGUGUUAGCGAGGGAGUUUUUCGCCUUCGCUGCGGCAGGGGUGGGCGAGAUGCCAUCGCCAUACCCAAGCAGGUCAAGGUGGAGAAGAACAUCAUUGGCGACAUGCUUACUCAGCUGAUGUCCAGCGCCGACGUCGAGAACCGGAAGCAGAUGGUCGACACCUUCAACAAGAACCACCUGUGGAAGAAGAGGGGGAUUUCGGUGAUGACGAUGCUGUGGCCACACGUGGUUCCCCUCCUCUACCCCAUGAACUCUCUGGUGUCCAUUAACCAGAGGGAUGGCUCUGUGGCCGUGUCUCAUGGCGGCUCGGAGCUCGGACAGGGCUUGAACACGAAGGUGGUGCAGGUGGUGUCGUACGAGCUCGGGUGCCCCAUGGAGGUCGUUGCGGUGAAGCCGACGACCUCGCACACCAACGCCAACUCCCAGGUCACGAGCGGCGCCCUCGGGUCCUACACGACCGCCUACAGCGUGAGUGAGGCGUGCAAGAAGCUCCGGGCGCGACUGGACGGCGUGAAGCAUGCCUUAGGCGUCGAGGACAUUCCGUGGAAGGACCUGAUCGAGGCGGCGGCCAGCGAGGGCGUCGAUAUAAGCGAGAGAUAUUGCAACGGUCCGGGCGAGGUCCUGUCCUACCCUGUGUUCGGCGUCUGCUGUUCUGAGGUCGAGCUGGACGUCCUCACCGGCCAGUUCUUGGUCCUCCGCACGGAUAUCCUCCAGGACGCAGGCACGAGUAUGAGCCCCUUGGUCGACGUGGCGCAGGUGGAGGGUGGCUUCGUCAUGGGCCAGGGACUCUUCACGUCGGAGAAGGCCAUCUACGACUCCGCCACUGGGAAGAGGAUCACGGAUGGCACAUGGCACUACCAGGUUCCCACCGCCCACGAUGUCCCAGCUGACUUCCGGGUGUCCCUUCUGUCUAACACGCCCCACCCCACCGGCGUCCUCGACUCGAAGGCCACGUCCGAGCCGCCAGUGCCUCUCUCGUAUACAGUGUUGAUGGCACUACGGAAUGCGGUCGCCAGUGCCAGGGCAGACGGAGGCACCGCGGGCUGGUUCGACAUAGAGGCACCGUUCAACGUCGAAAAGCUGCAACAGUUGUGUCUCGUAGAACCUUCCAGAAUGGUUCUUCAUCCUGGCGGUCGCUAAAUGUCUGGUUGUUGUUGUUGUUUUGUUUAUCUUAUAUAAGGAAACAAGGUGGAUUGGAUGAUGCCUUUUCUCUCUUUGUGGGUUCUUAUUUGUGGUGGUUUUGUGGUGGUGGCGAUAAUGAUGAUUGACAAUGAUAAUGAUGAUGAUGAUGAUGAUUGAUAAUGAUGAUGAUAAUGAUGAUGAUUGAUAAUGAUAAUGGUAAUGAUAAUGAUAAUGAUAAUGAUAAUGAUAAUGAUAAUGAUAAUGCUGAUGAUUGAUAUUGAUAAUGAUGAUGAUGAUGAUUAUUAUUGUGGAAUUCUAUGCACUACUGAUUAUACCUGGAUUAUACAAUGUCGCUAUGCUAUGCUGUACACUGCUCUGUUAUGAUAUAUAUCGCUUUGUUGUAUAAUAAAUAAUACUUAAAAAAUAACCACUCGCAUACAUUUCGAGUGUUUCCAGUUUAUGUCAUUUAUGUAUCUAUUUUAUAGUAUGUAGUGUCUUAUGUUCCAUGAUUUUUUUAAUGUCUCGGUGUAAGUAUUGAAUAAAAUUAUUAUUCAUAA